CCUCUGUACACUGAAAAAAUAUGUCGUCUGUUCAUAUAUUUAGUUCAUGUGUCAUACGUUUUCUCCCCGGAAAAUAAAAUAUAAACCCUAGAAUCCAACUUCCAAGAUACACUCUUUCAAUUUUCAAAAAGGCGAUACAAUCUUUACUUUGCACUUUUCAUUCCAGAUCGAUCGUAAUCGGUUGAUUUGAAAGCUCAACUCCCUCCAUCUUUUCUGCCGGGCUCCUAAUCGCACAGUCUUACACUUUUAAUGGCGGAGGAAAAUAAUAGUAAUGAUACAAGACAUUCCGGCGCCGGCGAUGUCGAUGAUCGGAGCGAAGCAAGCGAUUACACUUCAGAAGACGAAGGAACAGAGGAUUACAGGCGUGGAGGUUAUCACGCUGUUCGAAUUGGCGAUACGUUUAAGCACUCUAGAUAUGUUGUUCAGAGCAAACUCGGUUGGGGCCAUUUUUCGACUGUCUGGCUCGCUUGGGACACUCAUAAAUCUAGAUAUGUAGCUUUGAAAGUUCAAAAAAGCGCUCAACAUUACACUGAAGCAGCAAUGGAUGAAAUCACAAUCUUAAAGCAGAUAGCGGAGGGAGAUCCUGACGAUAAGAAAUCCGUCGUGAAGCUUUUAGAUCAUUUCAAGCACUCCGGCCCAAACGGACAACAUGUGUGUAUGGUGUUCGAGUAUUUGGGGGAUAAUCUCUUAACUCUAAUCAAGUAUUCAGAUUAUCGAGGAAUUCCUCUUCACAAAGUUAAACAAAUCUGCUACCACAUCUUAGGAGGUUUGGAUUACUUGCAUCGGGAGCUUUCCAUCAUCCACACCGACCUUAAACCGGAGAACAUUUUGCUUUUAUCCACGAUCGAUCCAGAAAAGGAUCCACGAAAAACAGGCAAACCUCUCAUUCUCCCAUCUGAAAAAGUUCCACCGGACACCGGAGCUUCAAAAGAUAGUAAGAUUUCGAAUGGUGAUCUUACAAAGAAUCAGAAGAAGAAAAUCAGGAAAAAAGCUAAGAAAGCCGCCCAAAAUUCUUCCGGAAAGGAAGAAUCUGAUGAUGUUGAAGCUUGUAAAGAGAAAUCAAUGGAUUCCAGCCAUGGAAGUAGGAGAAGAAGCCGUUCAACAAGGAAGAAGCUGUUAACAGAGGUUGAUGUCAAGUGUAAACUGGUUGAUUUUGGUAACGCAUGUUGGACUUAUAAACAAUUCACAAGUGAUAUACAAACUAGACAAUACAGAUGUCCAGAAGUAUUGCUAGGAUCCAAAUACUCAACUUCUGCAGAUCUAUGGUCUUUUGCUUGCAUUUGUUUUGAGCUUGCAACUGGUGAUGUUCUCUUUGAUCCUCAUAGUGGUGAAAAUUAUGACAGAGAUGAGGAUCAUUUGGCUUUAAUGAUGGAGCUUUUGGGAACGAUGCCUAGAAAGGUAGCUUUAGGUGGAAGGUAUUCACGAGACUUUUUCAACAGACAUGGUGAUUUGAGGCAUAUCAGGAGGUUGAAAUUUUGGCCAUUAAACAAGGUGUUAAUGGAGAAAUAUGAGUUUAGUGAAGAAGAUGCAAAUGAAUUGGCUGAUUUUCUUGUUCCUAUACUUGAUUUUGUACCUGAGAAAAGGCCCACUGCUGCAGAGUGUCUUAAUCAUCCUUGGAUCACUGGUCAGAUUCAGAUGAAUAGUAGAGAGAGAGAUGAGAGGGAAGCUAUGGUGGUUGGAAUUGGGAAAAUAGCAAUUGGGGGGAGUUGACAAUUCGGAAUUAAGGUAAAGUUGAUGAGUUUUACAGGUGAUUAAUUAUUCUUUGUACAAUUUGGGGAUUUCUGUUUUGGGAUGUUUGUGUAUUGGAUUUGAACUUGUAAUGUGGUCGCACAAAUUGUACAUUUUAUUCGGUUUUGUGGCUCAUUUUAUGAUUGGGAUGACA